AUGCAAUACCGAACGAGUUUCAGACCUCGGUACACAAUUGCAUAUAAGACAGUAACAGAGCUGGAAUGGAGAUGUUGUCCUGGGUACAAAGGGGAAGACUGCAGAGAAGGCCCAGCAGAAAAGCCAAACACUGCUCGUCGUCCCACAACGCCAGCAAAAGCUAUUGUGAAGAAAGGCUUGGAUGCAGAACCAACAGAAGUGCCGGAACCUCCACCAUAUGAGAAAAAAAUGCAGUUUCUUGAGGAUGAAAUGUUUAGACUUACACGAUCAGUGCUUGAACUUCAGUCCUCCGUGGCAGGUGUGAAUGAAAACCUGAAGCUGACUGUCCAAGAAGAUGCUAGUAAGAUGUUGGUCACUUGGCUGAACAAUCUUUAUGACCGCCCAGAGCCUGAUAGUGCGGUUGGUGGUGAAACAGACACUAUUCAUCUGCCUGGACUCCUCAGCAAUAAAGAUCAAAAAGACCCUUUUAUUGAUUUUGAAAUGGAAGAUAUAAAGUCUGAGCUAGCUGAGGUGAAAGAAGCCUUGAAGAUGAAGAAUGACAAGCUGGAGGAACUGAAUGGAAAAGUAAAAGGCUACGAAGGACAAUUAAAACAACUGCAGGAGGCAGCACGAGGACCUACAAUAACAAUGCCCAGUGACAAUAUAUAUCAGGAGUAUAUAGACUCAAAAUUUGAGUCCCUCAGACAGGAAAUACUGGAAGGAUUUGAAAAGAAAAUGGCAGAUCUGAAGAACUCCUGUGAAUACAAACUACAGGAUAUCCAGCAGCAGUGUGACGACAAUGAAAAUAACUGUUUAGGAAUAAUUGAUGUUAUAAAAGGAAAAGAGAGUGACUUGAGGAAAGAAAUAAAUACUCUCCGAACUCAGAUUCCAUCAAACAAGUCCAGUUGUUGCAAGGAGGGUGAGAGGAAUGACUUUGACCGACAGAUAAAAAAUUUAGAUAGGAAGAUUGACAGAGUUGCGGAAGCCCACAGGAUCUUGAACGUCAGAAUAGAUAAUGAAAUCAGUCGCUUGUCAACUCCAGAUCUAGAAGACAUCCUUGGUGAGAGGUUGGAGGAGCUAGAUGCAAGGAUGAAUGUUACGGAACGAAAUGCUGAAGAACAUUGCUUUUACGUUGAGGAGACUCUCCGCGGUGCUAUAGCUGCUGAGGUAGAUGAAUUGAGAGACUUGUUUGAUCAAAAGUUGCGGGCACUAGAAGAUAGGCUGGGUGGCACUAUUCUAGAGAUUGCUAAUACCACAGACCCGGAUGGAAUGUAUGUUAAUCCUGGGCCCAUCUUGCCCAGCGAUGCAGGAUUUGCAAAUGAGCAAUUUACAGCAGAGAUUAAUUUCCUGAAGAACAAACUACUGUCACUUGAACAUCUCUGUGGGCAGAAAUGUCAGUCUGCACCACAUGGUACGGAGGACCUGCAGAAAGAGCUAGAAAAUUGUAACAACAAAUACAAUCAUGUGCUUUUGAAAACAGAGAAUAAUGCUGUUCUCCUGCAGUCUCUAAAUAGCUCUCUUAAUGAGAAACUCAGCUUAAUUAAGGGUAACCAACGUGACAUCCAGAAAAUGCAAAGAGACAUACGUGUGUUCCGGUAUAGUCUAAAUGUCAUGGAUAAAGAUAUGAAAAAUCUUCAGGAUGGCUUGAGUAGCUGCAAGGAGCAGCUUCUGGGUGUCAAUUCUACCUGUAGAAAAACACAACGAGGCGUCUUCCGAAAGAUCGAUCAAAUGCAGAGGACAUUUGCAAAUCAAACUGCUCAUCCCAGCGAUAACUGCUGUGGUGAAGUGAAAGAGAGACUGGAACAAUUGAACGACCAUGUCCUGAAUGAUCUUAGCAAGUGCAAAGAAAAGACCCAGGGUAUCCAGGAAGGUGUUUCGGAUGUUGAGAGCAGAGUCUCACGUGUUGAAAAAGUCUGCGGCAAGCUGGACUCUGUCUCAGGUAGCUUGCAGAAGAUAAAAGAAGGUCUGAAUAAGCACGUGAGCAGCUUAUGGAACUGCAUCCGUGACAUGAAUGGAACUAUAGCAUCUCAUUCCGCUGAUAUUUCUGGCCUCAAAAAUUCUGUCCAACAGUUUUAUAGUCAGGUCUCCAAAAUCACCACAGACAUUGAAGGCGUGCUGAAAUCUCAGUUUGACACAAGGCGACCAGAAGUACCACGGCAGCCGUUGCCACCAAGACCACCCCUGCAGCCCCAGCCUGGCAUAUCCCUGCUGCCAUCACAGCCAAGGAUACAACCCCCACAACAGAGGACCCCCCUCCAGCCGCUGCAGCCGAGACCUCCUCUGCGCCCAGCACUGCCAGGGUCAGGAGCUGUGCCCUUUUUGCCUGGAACAACUGGGAUCAUCCUGGAGACUGGAGAGGCAGGGCCUCCUGGCACUGUUUUAAUGUCAGGAAGAGGGCGGCUUAGAAGUGUGGAUGGUCAGGCUGGUCAAAGUACCAUGCCCAUUGCUGAAGGGUACGCUGGAGCACCAGGAUAUCCGAAGUUGUCUCCUCCUGCCACAGACUCACAAGGACCUGCUGCUGCUGCGGCCUCCCUGGUGUCAUUUUCUGCUGGGCUCACACAGAAGCCUUUCUCCAGUGAUGUCGGCGUGGUUCACUUCAACAAAGUGCUUGUGAAUGACGGGGACUAUUACAACCCCAAUACAGGCAUUUUCACAUCACCGUAUGAAGGGCGCUACCUGAUCACCGCUGUGCUGGCCCCGGAGAGGGAUGAGUACGUAGAAGCAGUGCUGUCCGUCUCCAACGCAAGCGUGGCUCAGCUCCACACGGCUGGGUACAGAAGGGAACUGCUGGAGUAUCACAAACCCUACUCGGGGAAACGGACCUGUGGUGGUCCUGGGACCUUCCACCUUGUUCUUCACCUCAAAGCGGGGGAUGAAGUAAACGUCGUCGUAACAGGAGGCAAACUGGCCUACACAGACUCUGACGAGAUGUACUCCACGUUUAGUGGAGUUCUCCUUUAUCCUUCCAUUUCUCAUGUUUAG